CUGUCACUUUCGGCUCAUUCCUGUGCUGUCCUCGGAGAUCGGCAGCUCCAGCACAACGAUGGCCGCCCGCCUGUGUGCCAUCCUGCCCCGCGUACCUUCCCGCAGCCAGCCCGCACUGCCGGGGCUCUGGAGCUCCUGUCCUCGGCCAGGAUUCUGCUGAGACCCGCACGGAGCAUGAGCUAACCCCCGGCACUGAUGGGACCGGCCAUGGGGGCGACCUGGGAGAGGAAGGGCAUCAGCGCCCGGGCAUCUGCUGCUGCUGGCAUCUGCCUACUGGUGAUUCUGCUUUUUCAUCUUGAACCCAUGGGAGCUGAGUCGGUGCUUUCUGAUAAAAAGACCAUUCUACCAUCUGGGAAGUAUUUGUAUACCAAUCCUGUGUCGAAGAUAAAUGUAACAUGUGACAAAUGUCCAGCUGGCACAUACGUGUCCAAACACUGUACCAAGUUUGCCCUUCGAGAGUGUAGCCCUUGCCCCAAUGGCACCUUCACAAGACACGAGAAUGGGAAUGACAGGUGUCAUAAUUGUAGUCCACCAUGUGAACCGCCCAUGGUGGUGAAAAUGCCUUGUUCUGCCUUGUCUGACCGUGAGUGCUCAUGCCCAUCUGCAACAUACCUCCUCAAUGGUACCUGUGUCAAUCACACCAUGUGCCCCAUAGGAUGGGGUGUGAGGAAAAAGGGAAGCGAGACUGAAAAUGUCAAAUGUAAGACAUGUGCCCACGGUACUUAUUCUGACGUGCCUUCAAGUACUUUGAGAUGUAAGACCCAUACCAACUGCUCAGCUCUGGGCCUGAUGGUCCUGAAGCCUGGUACAAAUGACCGAGACAAUAUAUGUGGACCUCUCCCUUCAUCCCCAUCCAAAGAUUUCAAUUCUCUACCCGCUGAAUAUGAGCCGACAGAUGUUUACAACAAUACUGAAAAGAAUGAAACGGAAUACUUGAACAUAACGGAAGAUCAGGGCAUGGGACACCAGCUGCAGACUCCAGACAGAAGGCCUCCACAGAUGGCAGUUGAUCUUCAGCAACCUGGUGUAUCAGGAAAUAACGAUGAAGGACUCAACACCAUUUAUAAGACCACUAGAAGGGGACCUCCUCGUCAAGUUCCCCACCACUUUGACAUCAACGAGCACCUACCUUGGAUGAUUGUACUUUUUCUUCUGCUGGUACUAGUGAUCAUUGUGGUUUGCAGUGUCCGGAAGAGUUCCCGCACGCUCAAAAAAGGACCAAAGCAGGACCCGAGCUCCAUUGUGGAAAAAGCCGGCUUCAAGAAGUCUACGGCAUUGACCCAGAACAGGGAGAAGUGGAUCUACUACUGCAAUGGGCAUGGGAUCGACAUUCUGAAGUUGGUGGCAGCUCAGGUGGGCAGCCAGUGGCAAGAUAUCUAUCAGUUCCUUUGCAACGCCAAUGAGCACGAGGUGGCAGCAUUUUCCAAUGGCUACGCAGCGGAUCACGAGCGAGCCUACGCAGCUUUACAGCACUGGACUGUACGAGGGCCUGAGGCCAGCCUGGCCAAGCUGAUCAGUGCUUUACGCCAGCAUCGGCGCAAUGACGUGGUGGAGAAGAUCCGUGGCCUCAUGGAGGAUACUGUACAGAUAGAAGAUGACAAGCCAACCCUUCAAGUAAAUCCUAACCAGCCAAUGUCAACUCAGGAUCCUUCCCUCAAGGCACCCGACUCUGCCACCCUGAUGAUAGAACCAUCUCCACUGGAUAAGAACAAAAGCUUCUUUGCCGAUGAGUCAGAACCUCUCCUGCGAUGCGACUCUACAUCUAGUGGUUCCUCUGCUCUUAGCAGAACAGGCUCCUUUAUAACCAAAGAAAAAAAAGACACGGUACUCCGCCAAGUUCGCUUGGACCCUUGUGAUCUGCAGCCGAUCUUCGAUGACAUGCUACCCAUCCUCAGUCCUGAAGACAUCCGCAUUAUUGAUCAAAUACCACAGGCUGAAGAUAAACUAGAUCGUCUCUUUGAGAUAGCCGGCGUUAAGAGCCAGGAGGCCAGCCAAAAACUCCUCGACUCGGUCUACAGCCACCUCCCUGACCUGCUGUAGUCCUGGUAAUGUCUACAAUAAACUACUUGCCUUGAAUGACAGAAAGAGCGGGUACCUUGCUUCUCUAGGCCAGUCUUAACAAAAUGUCAUCUCCGCUUAUUGCAUUCACCCAACUUCAGUAACCGUGGCAUUGAUCGGGAUGCCAUGCGUGCUGCAAACGUAUGUUGGAUUUGCAGCUCUGUACAUAUCAUGGCCAUUUUCACUUCACGGGAAUUCACUUCACCUCGUUUGCAUAGCAGCCGCUAUUGUUUGUUCCACAUGACGUGUAGCCAUGGAGGAACUCUGGAGUCUAGAAGGCAUUCCACCACACAAAGUACACAAAUGUCUGGAAACGUUGCGUUGCGUAAUGCAGACCACUCUUGGCACCACUCGUAUCUUCUGGUUUCCUAUAUAUCGCUGACCUUUGGGCUGAUGAUUAUAAUAAAGGGGAGGGAGAUGAUAAUCUAAUAACCUGCCCUCCUGAGCUGCUGAUGAGACUUACAAUGCAUGGUACUUACCUUUUAUCACAGCCGGUACAAGAAUAUAGGUUUUAUGAUUCCUCAUGAAUGGUUCUAAAAUGAUGCAGUCUUCUUGGUCACCACAUCUCCAACCCCACCUACCCUUGAGGGACUCUCGCUUCAUUGUUAGACCUGUUUUGGCAGGUUUUUCCUUCUUUGAAAAGGCUUAAAAGGUUAAUUUUUUGGUUAUUGGUCUGUUUCUUGAAAAAUAAGGUAAAAAAUACAAAUUUUUUUGUCAUAUUUAGUCAGCUGAACUAGUUUUUCUCAGGAUGAGAGUACCUGCCAUUUAUUUAAUAAUGUUUUUUGUUUUUGCUUGACAAGGUAACAUAUCACCCUCCCAUGGUGGCAGGAUCUAUUUUGUGGGCUAAACCAAUGCUUACUAGCAUGGUCAUGAAUACGCUGGACAUUGGCCCCCAAAAUGGCCGCCUUGUCUUUGUUUAGCUGACAGAUGCCCUUAAACUUUAAGUCAAGGAGAUAUCGGGCAGAUAUGUUGCUACCAUCAAUGAUAUAAGGGG